AUGCUCAACUAUGCGGCUGCUAAAGGGAUUUUCAGCUUUCACCCUAAGUGUAAGAAAAUUGGCCUUACUCACUUAACCUUUGCUGAUGACCUUCUUAUUUUCUGCAAAGGAAACCUUGAUUCAGUCAUGGGUGUCAUUACUGUCCUCAACUCUUUUUAUGAGCUUUCUGGUCUUAAACUUAAUGCCUUAAAGAGUGAAAUCUUCACUGUUGGAAUUUCUGCUCAUGAAAUUGAUAACAUUAUUUCCUGUUCAGGAUUCAAGCUUGGUGUCCUGCCUGUUAGAUAUUUGGGAAUUCCCCUGGUUACCAGGAAGCUUUCUUACAAAGACUGUCAGCCUCUCAUUGAAAAGAUUAAUUCCAGACUUCACCAAUGGCAACUGAUUUUACCUCAAUUGAUCAUAAAAAAGAUUGAACAAAUUUGCUCCAGGUUUUUUUGGAAAGGUUCUGACAUCCCUGCCUCUGGAGCUAGAGUGAGUUGGGAUCGUAUAUGUUCUCCAAAGUCUGAAGGUGGAUUGGGGAUUAAGGACAUUAAGUCCUGGAACAAAGUCUGCACGAUCAUUCUUAUAAAAAACCUUCUGGCUGGGGAGGGUUCUCUCUGGGUUGCAUGGACUCAAAAUUACAUUAUAAAGCAGCAAAACUUCUGGACCAUGGACAUUCCUUCUAACUCUAGCUGGACAUUUAAGAGAAUCAUAAAGCUUCGAUCCGUUGCUCAUCCUAUUAUGUUUGCAGGAUUUAAGUGUACUAAAAGCUUAUGGGAAGAUGUUCGAUUGAAUAACAACAAAGUUUCCUGGAAGAAACUGAUAUGGUACCCAAUGCACAUCCCUAAGCACAGCAUCAUCACUUGGAUGAUAAUUCUGGACCGUUUGCCCACUAAAGACAGACUGCAGCAGUUUGGAAUCACUGUUAAUUCUCAGUGCAUCUUGUGUUCUGAAACUAAUGAAACCAGAAAUCAUCUUUUUGCUGAUUGUAAGAUGGCCAGCUCCAUCUGA